AUAAAAACAUAUGGUCCUAUAUUGGGAAAGUCAUUAUGUUUUAGUCUUAUUUAGCUAAUUAAAUUUCUCUUGUGCAAAUUGGAUGUACAUGCAGAUGGAUAGAGUUGAUGCCAGGGGAAGAUAGCUGACGAUGAUGACAAGCAGCACCGGUGGAACCGGCAAUGUCAAAGGUGGCGCCGCCGCCGCUCAAUCAUCGUCGUCGACGAUGAAAGGUGGCAAUAACAGUAACAAUCCGCGGAGUGAUAGCAUGGAGAGCUCAAGUGCGGCGGCGGCGGCGGCUUUGAAGCCCCACACGGGCGGAGACGGUCGAUGGGACGCCAUCAACCUGGCGUCUUCAAAAGCCACCGCAACAGGCGGCCUGGGGCUCAACAACUUCCGGCUGCUGAAGAGGCUCGGCUACGGUGACAUCGGAAGUGUCUACCUCGUCGAGCUCCGGCGGACCAACACCUUCUUCGCCAUGAAAGUCAUGGACAAAGGGUCCCUGGCCAGCCGGAACAAAUUGAUCCGGGCCCAAACCGAGAGGGAGAUUCUGGGCCUCCUUGACCACCCUUUUUUGCCCACUUUAUAUUCCUACUUUGAGACCGAGAAAUUUUACUGCCUUGUCAUGGAGUUCUGCAGCGGCGGCAACCUCCACACCCUCCGGCAGAAGCAGCCCAACAAGCACUUCUCCGAGGAGGCUUCCCGGUUCUACGCCUCCGAGGUGCUUCUCGCCCUCGAGUACCUCCACAUGCUUGGAAUUGUGUACCGGGACCUCAAGCCGGAGAAUGUGCUCGUGAGAGACGAGGGCCACAUCAUGCUCUCUGACUUCGACCUCUCCCUGCGGUGCUCGGUCAACCCCACGCUCGUCAAGUCGUCGUCCGUGCACGGUGGUGCCGUUGGCAAUGCACCGCCCCAGGGGGGUGGGGGGAUCCUGGACGACGAGAUGCAGGGGUGCAUCCAGCCGUCCACGUUCUUCCCCCGCAACAUCCUCCCCACGAGCAGCAAGAAGAACAGCAAGUCCAAGUCGGACUUCGGGCUCCUUGUUGGUGGGGCCUUACCAGAGCUGAUGGCAGAGCCGACAAACGUAAGGUCAAUGUCGUUCGUCGGGACCCACGAGUACUUAGCCCCAGAGAUCAUUCGGGGAGAGGGACACGGAAGCGCCGUGGACUGGUGGACGUUCGGAAUAUUCCUCUACGAGCUUCUACAUGGGACAACACCUUUCAAGGGGGCGGGAAACCGGGCCACCCUCUUCAAUGUGGUGGGGCAGCCCUUAAGAUUCCCUGAAAGUCCACAGGUUAGCACUGUGGCGAGGGAUCUUAUUAGGGGAUUGCUCGUGAAGGAACCACAAAAGCGGAUUGCGUACAAGCGAGGUGCCACAGAGAUCAAACAACAUCCCUUCUUUGAAGGGGUGAAUUGGGCACUAGUGAGGAGUGCCUUACCUCCAUACGUACCAGAACCCAUUGACUUUUCUCAAUUUGCUACAAACAACAACAACAACAAAAAAGUGGGUGAAAUUGGAAUGUUAGAUGAUGCUGCUUCUGCUAUUGUAGAUAACAACUCCUCCUCCUCUUCGUAUAUUGAUUUUGAAUACUUUUAAGUUUAUGUUUUUACGUUUGUUGUUUGUAUUGAAUUAAUUGAAUGAGAGAUUGGAUUAACUAUUUUGAUGAACAUUUAUAAUAGCUGUUAAGAAAAAUUCUUUGCCAAAUUCAAUAGGAGGCAAAUGUCUGAUCAAUUCAGAUAAGAGGUCUUAACCAUUCAGACUCUGUAUAAUACUUAACCAUUCAGAGGCAAAUCUCUUAACCAUUCAGACAUCUGAACCAUUAAGAGGCUGAAACAAACAGUCUGAACCAUU